GGACAAAGGACUGAAGCAUCUGAACAAUGCGGUCAUUAUAUUUCUGUGCAUUGAGAAUUGCAGAUGAUUGGUGCAGCUAUGGACACGCAAGAUGACAGCAUCGACAUCGCGAAGGUGCAACGCGUCGUGCUGGGGCUAGUAAGUGAUGACCCUGGGUGGCGUUUCUGAUCUUCAUCAUACUAACACUCACUCCCAUCGAUCUUGUCAGGAGACUGAACCAUCCCAGUCGAUCAUAAAUUAUAUUGAGUCUACUGAAAGCACGUCUGAGGCGACCGAACUUUCAAAAGCAAACCGGAACAACCAGCAUUCUUCAGAUGAGAGUGUGUCGGCCACUGGCCAAUCCCUGCCGAAAUCCUCCACCCCAUCACACUCUCAAAAUCCUUCUCAUGGGCAGCAUGCUACAAGCUCGAUAAAUGAGAAGCAUUCGCCUGCUGGAUCCGAUCGACCAAUAACCACUCUCUUGCCACAAUCUGGAAAGAUGGGCUCUGCCGAUUCCGUCCCGUCGGACACCCAGGUCAUUUCCCAGACGGUGUUUGACAAUAUCAUAAAACAGAACAAAGACGCCCCGGAUGUUGGGUUUGGCAAUGUCGGGGAUCGAGGUACAAUUAUGACGCUGCAUGAGGGGGAUAGUGGGCAUAUCGACCUGUUGGCUGGAUUCGACAGUGCUCCUGCGGAUGCCAUGAAUACGGAAGACAAUGAAAACGAGGAUCAAAGCAGCCCCAAACUCGGAGAAUCAUCUCCAAUGCACUAUCAGCCAAAUCUUUUCCCUGAGUCUCAACGGUUUUUAAGCAAGACUCCGGCCACCGCAGUGAAGCAGGGCCAUCCUGAGGGGUUCUCGUCUGUUACCCCCUGUGCAUCUCGAAAUCCUCUCACGGCGAGUAUAGAGUCGAGUGGUGGCAUAAUGGCUCUCAGCCAGGUCUUCAGGGCAACACAGGCUCCAUCCUCCCCUCUGGUCAACCAUCAGCAGUCAGAUCCAAUGUCCGAUCGGCCGUCGCCCAAUUUGCCUAUUCAAAGCCAUCCGCUAGCCACAGCCCUUUCCUCGCCGUUCAAUCACAUAGCAGCUACAUUCCCUCGGGAUUCAUCAGAGUCACAAAUGAACUACAUCACAAUGAAGGAAUCACAGGCACAGAGGGAUAAAAUCCUUGGGGAGCGGAUGACGCGCUCUGUGGACUAUAUCAACUCGGAGGAUCAUAGUGACAGUGAAUUCAACAAAGACUCUAGCUUUGUAGAGCGCCUGCGCCGCCAAAAAGCGAUCGAUGAGGAGACUUCGGCACAAUUUGCAGGUCUAACUGCACCAGCAAGGCCUUCGAGUCGAUCUAGCAAACAAGCAGAAAAGCAAAGGACUUCCCCGGUCGAUAAUUUAGCAACAAGGAAUUUUGAAGAUACUUCUGUGGCCCCUGCUUUAGAUGACGAGACAACAUCCGCUUUUCAAAAUGCAGCUACAAGUGAAGAAGAGACAGAGCAAGAGGAUAUAGAUCAACAUAUCCCCCAGUCACAGGAACCUCAUUCCUCUGUCGAGGACAAGGAGAACUACAACGGCCCACCUGCACCGGCUAUUGUCGCUGCGACUAACGCACAUGAUCGCCUUUCUCAGGCUCUUGCUCUGCAAGAGAGUCCGUCUCGUCACAACAGAGCGUCGUCGAAACAGCCCGGGGUUUUUCGCCGUCAUUCUCGAAGUCCCACCCGGGAUGAAAUCGAUGGAACUGCAAGAUCAUCACAAAUACUAAUUGUGAAAGAUUCUCAGCAAUCUCCGCGACCGAAUGAUGAGGGUAAUGAUGAAGGAAAUCGAGCAAACCAACACUGGGAACAAGAUCUCCCACGAAACCCCAGUGGAACCCAUGUGGAACCCUCUUCUGAAUUAGAGAAGGUCGCAUCCUCGCCUAUGACCAAGCGACCACUACGAUCAUCACCACCUGCAGCCCCUCAGCGAAUCCCACUGUUUUCGCAGCUUCAAGAUAACCAACCUAUUAUGCGGACCCGGUCACUCUCAGUCAGUUCACAUGGCUCUUCAAGCCAGCUCCCCAAGGUUUCAUCCGCCCCUGAUGGCGGUCGAGCUCAGUCUAGUUACCCUGUUACCGAAAGGCCUUUAGGGGCCGGUGGAAGACGGUUAGGGUUUGAUUCUAGGGAAAAGUCGUCAUCAGUGCCGUCUCGUAUUGCUGAAACACCUGUUUCUCAGCGCCCAAGAGGUUUUGGGGAUGUGAUAUCGGCCACCAGCAUCCCGGAGACCAGCCCAAACCGUUCGCAAAACCCAUCCUGGACUGGUGAAAAUUGUGACACAAUGAACCAAGAUGACGAUGACUUGCUGCCUCUCUACUCAGCGGACCAUGGACGUGCUAGCCAGUCUCGCCCUUCAGGUUCAGGGAGUUCGUCUCCCGCUAAAGCCCCCUCAAAGAUACUUUCCAGCCCUAGCGGUAAACAGUGUCGAAGGCUGACUGAGAUUGCUGGCGACCUCUCUCCUCAAGCUGGUACCGGCUAUUUUGAGGGUGACAUUGGUAUUCUGACCGCGGAUGAUCGAGAGUUCAGUUCUGUUGUUUCAAUGUCCCCAAACCCCCCAAGAAAAAAGCGACGCGGAAAUGAUGGAAAGAACAUAUAUGCCUCCGACCCAAUACUUCCGGUUACCCCUCGCUCGACCACAUCUCAAUUCGUCAACCCGCAGGCAAUUUAUCCAGGGCGAGAAGAGCCGCGGCGUACAGAGUCGAUGGUUGGUGGAGGAACCGCUUUCCAAAGACGAUUUAAACCUUCCAGACGAGUGGAGACCGUAUGGGAAGUUGAUGAGACACCUGAAAUCCAUGUUUCGCGCACUGCCAGGUCCAGGAAACUGGCAAGGGCUCGCCAUCAUGAACGACAAUCUAAUCAAGUCCAAAAGUCUGGAAAUGAUUCCACUCCACAACCUGCUGUUGUCCAUAAUGGGCAGGAAUUGGCUCAGGACAUUGCUUCUGCAGGAGACAAAGAAAACGCCAACACUGAGCCACAUGAAGACCCUAUAGAGGAUAUUCCUGUCAAAGUCAAACGAUCUUCAGCCUCUGAUAACAUCAAGAUCGCACUAAAUCAAGUCCUUGCUCCUUGGAGUGGAAAGAAACGCGUAUAUUGCCCUGCAACUUGCCUUGGAACGCCAAUUGGGGUCUCACAGUCGCGUUACCUGGUCAAAUUCGAGGAUAGUGAUCCGGUUGAAGUGCCUAUUGGUGGUGUGAAGAGGCUGGAACUGCGUGUUGGCGAUAGCGUCAAAGUAGACAUGCCUAAUUUCCCGAAGGCUCCGCAUGUUAUCCGGGGCUUUGAUGAUAAGCUCAGCGAGGGUGAUUUAUGCGAUUCAGUUACCGGGUUACCCAAAAUGACUGAUAUUUAUGGUCAUCUUAUUGUGAUCUUGGAGCCAAAGCAACGAAAGAGUCUCCCGAAUGGAGGCAUAGUGACAUCCGGGAGUGUUUUCAAAGUCCCUAUCUCAAGCAUCUAUCUGGAUACUAUCUUGUGGAAUCAGUUAAAAGACCGAACAUUCACAUAUGACUCAGAAACCGUGCAAUCAGAAAGCAGACUUCAGACACCAUCCAACAGACAUUCUACUCCGGCCUCUCCGGGCACCCGACUCUCCCGCAGUAUUCACUAUUAUAGCGGUAUCUUUGCCGGCAUGGUGUUUGCAGUCACAUACUCAGGCAACGACGAAGCCAAGUCUCGCAUAACGAAACUUAUUCUGGACAACGAUGGACGUAUUUUGACUGAUGGUUUCAAUGAGCUGUUUGAAUUCCCAUCGAACGUUCCAUUUGCCAGCCCGACAAAGUUACCAGAUUCGGGUGCAACUGGAACCACGGGAGGCUUGCGUCUGACUAGGAGUGCGGAAGAAGUGGGAUUCGCGUGUCUCAUCGCCGACCAACAUUCUCGUCGCGAGAAAUAUAUGCAAGCUUUGGCUCUCAAUCUCCCUUGCCUCUCGCCUCGCUGGGUAGAAGACUGUGUCGCCCAGAACCGGAUCUUGGACUGGGAGAUGUAUCUGCUUCCUGCCGGAGAAUCAAUGUAUCUCCACGGAGCGACAAAGUCCCGAAUGCUUACACCCAACCCACCUACAACUGCACGGUUGUCUGAAACAAUUUCUGGCAGGCCAAAUCUUCUGAAUAGACAGUCGGUGUUACUUGUUAUGGGCCGUGGAAAACAAGAUGAUAAGAAGAAAGCGUAUGUCUUCCUAACAUAUGCUCUAGGCGCUUCUAGGGUAGAACGUGUGCCCGAUCUAGAGUCGGCCAAAGAAAUCCUUGAUCGGCAAAAGGAGGCCGGCGUCACAAAUGGUUGGGACUGGGUCUACGUGCAUGGCUAUGAUGAGGACGCCGUUAGGUCUUUAUUGCUCGGGGCCCAAAUGGCGGGUUCGAAGAAGGCCCAGUCAUCCCGGGGGUCAAAAAAGCGCAAGAGAGAUGAGCUCAUGGGUUCCAUUAAUGGCAAUGAUGUUGGCUUGGAUAAAAGUGUUCAAGUUGUGGGCAAUGAGUUCGUCGUUCAGAGCUUAAUAUUGGGAAGGCUAUUCGAAGCAUAAUGCCUUCCCCUUUUU